AAAUAAAGGAGUGUAAAUGAGCAAUGGUAGUUGUGCAAAUAUAGGUAGUGUUCUUUAUUGGUCGGAGUGAUUUGGUGAAUUCAAAACAGAUGGGUUCAGUGAAUAAUAUAGAUUUGGAAGUUAGAAUAGUAAAAAUGUUUGGAUCUUUUCGAUCAUUCUUUUUAGUAGGAGAGAAGUAUUUAUUAUAUAUUAUAAUAGAAAUGAGAUUUGGGUUUUUGGUGAGAAUUAACAUGGAUAAUUAGGUAUAGGAGAGACAUGUGAUGUACUGAGGAAACCUUAAAAAUUAGAAAUGAAAUAUAAGUUGAUAUCAUGUUCAGAGAGUUAUGCAUAUGGUUAUAAUGAAGAUAGAUUAUAUUAUUGGGGAGAAACAAAAUUCAAUUGUUCUUAAUUUAAAGGUCGAUGUUUGAAUGGAAGAUGGUAAGUAGUAAAAUCGGUUACAUAAUUGAAUGCUUAGAAUGAACGUUUUUAUUAUAUAUAAGAUGGUAAUUUAUAUGGAUAAGGAUUUACAAGUUUAUUGGGAAUAAGAUUGAAUUCAGUAUCAAUUGGAAAUGCUGUAUUAAUAAUGAAUAAAGUUAAGAAGAUAGCAUGUUCAAAUACACAUGCAUUAGUUUUAGAUGAAAAGAAUUUUGUUUAUUCUUGGGGUAAUGGUAAGAAUGGGGAAUUAGGAUUAUAAAUGGGUGGCUAUUCAUUUGAAACAUUAGUAUAAUGUCCAACAAGAAUUAUGUAACUAGAAGAUAUUUUAGAUGUCUAAUGUGGAAUUAGUUAUAGUUUAGUAUUAAAUUACGAAGGAUUAAUAUAUGAAUGGGGUAGUGGAUUAUAAAAUAUGAGUUUUGAAGACGCUUUAAAAAUAAAAGAAGUAAUAUUACCAAAUAAUUAUUCUAAUAUUCGUAAAAUUGAUGUAGCAUUAAAAUAAGCAGCAUGUGUAGAUUAAGUUGGUCGUCUCUAUUAAUGGAAUCAUUAAAAUCCUAUUCCAUAAUAUGUUAAGACAGAAUUUAGAUGUGAAUAAUUCCUUUGUGGAGAUGAUAUUGUCUUGUUUAUUGCUAAUUAAUAAGCGUAUGGUGUCUCAGAACAUUUUAAAUUGUAAAUAAGGGAUAGAGUUUAAAAAUACAAAUAAUAUGUUGAAAACAAAAAUAACAAAAUUAGAAAUAUGUAUUAUGAUGAUAAUAAAAAAUCUAAAUGUCUUCAUGAAAUCAAUUCCAAAAUUUUAGAAUAAUAAGUUAAACAAUUGAAACCUGAAGAUUUCUUAUAUACUAGAUUAUAAAGAAAAUAAUCUAUGUAUAUCUAACAAUUCAAAAGAAGAAGUACUUUUCAAUUACCAGAUACUUCUACAGAAGCUAAUCAAUCUACUCAUAAAAAGAGGUCCAGUACUUCUAGAUUAGAUGAUAUCUAAUAAUUUACUACUAAUAUCAUUCAACCUAAUAAACUAUAACAUAAAAUUAGAUAAUCUGCUAAAGAAAUUAAAGAUCUUAAAGAAUCAUGGCAAGUCUUUAGAAAACUCUCUUAAGAUUCAAAUACCAACACACAAAUUAAAACUAAGAUACCUUUACAUAUCCUUAAUACUAAACUAUACCAAGCAAUAGAAAUUGAUAAAGUCUCAGAUCUCAUUCUAGAAUCAGAAAGAUUGAAUCCCUUGUAUAUACCAUAUUCUGCUCAUAUUGUUAAAUCAUCAUCAAAUCCAUAAUUAUAAUAAACUCUUAAACCUUAACCAAAUUCAUAAAGAUAAUCAAGAUAAUCACGCUCAAUCAUUAAAUCUCAAACUCUCACUGAAUCAAGAUAAAUUAUUAAAUCAUAACCAUCAACAUAUACAUCAUCUGAAUAUCAAUAAAAUCAUCAUGAAUUUAUUCAAGAUCCUCAUAUCAUGAAAUAUGAAUAUGUCAAAAGAAUUCAUAAUGGCUUUCAUGAAAAAUUACUCAUGGAUAAUUUAAUGACCAAAGAAUAGUGUUUCUUACCUAUCAAAUGGAAAAGAUUAAAAGAUGAUACUUAACUUUUCUAAGGUAAAUAUAAGAAAAUGAAGGAAAGAUUACUUAAACAAUAAAGAGAAGCAAAAAAAUUGAUUAAAAUUAGUGAUGCAUGA